AUGGCAAAACCUCUUUAUUUUUGCUCGAUUCCACUGUUCGUGUUACUUGCGUGCCUAAUGCAGUUUCAUGUUGUGGCAAGUCAAGGAUUGAAAGAAUCAAAGACUUAUUAUAUACGUCACUAUCACGGAAAGUGUCUCGAGUAUGAUGUGGUACGUCAAGUGUUUAUUUACGGGUUGGUGUGCCGUGAAAAGUUUGAAUGGCAAGGAGGGGGAAAAAUCAUCCACAUUCCAACAAGGAACUGCCUUUCUGUCAAUUCAACAACCGAUGGCAGCUUUCUGUCUCUAUCCAGCAAUUGCAGUAACACUGACAGUCUGUUCAAGUAUGACCAAGGUACUGGUGUGCUUAGACACCUGUUGUCAAGCAAAUGCCUACAUCCAGAAAGCGGAGUCGUUGAUCCUGUGGCAACGACAGCAGUUAUUCUAAAAACAGGCUGUAACGGGAACACCAGUCGAUACUUCUUCAGAAGGAAUGCUCACUAUAUCAUCCGGCAUUUUGGUGGACUAUGUUGGAUCUACCAAGCGAGUAAAAAUUUGAUCAGACUAAGCAAUCCACUUGCCUGCGAUCGUUUCGAGUACAUAAAUGAUUUCCGCCUGAGGCAUGUUCAAACUGGUAAAUGUGUCAUUUUCUCAGCUUACCACAUAAGAUUGACUGCCAAUUGUGCUUUAACAGAGACAAUAUACAAACCUCUUAACAACUCACUUCUAAAGCAUGGAGAAACCCGAUGUGUGCAUCCAUACAAUGGAUUGAUCGAUCCACCAGUAGGCAAUUCGCUUGUUUUAUACGAUGAUGGCUGUAGCGAUGAAGAUCGUCUGAGGUUCUAUUUCUACGAUGAUUCAGACAUUCUGAAAGUGAAGAUCCUAUCAGAAAGUUGCAGUGAUAUUUCAAGCACCGACUGUCAGCUUAGCCGAGGUCAUUUGCAGGUUAACGGACACCAAUACAGUUUGAGCAGACGCGGAAUCAAUCUCGUUCUUUUUGACUAUCGCAGUGGGAUCUAUGAAAAGAGGGAGUCAUACGAUAUCUUUGAAGUUCCCAGCACCAGGACAGACCUCACUGCCGUCUUGAAUAGCUUACCUCCAGGAAAGAUUCUCUUUAUGGCAGCAUGCGAUGCAGUUGUUAUUGACAGCAAUCUUGCAGAGGCAUUACAGAAAGUUGGUGUGUCUGCUACUUUUGCAACCUCGCCUGCCCCGGCAGAACGAAUGUCACUUGCCUAUGUUGGCUAUACAGGGCCGGAGAGAAAACAUUGGGAGAAAUCAGUGAACAAAAUUGGAGGCACAGGGGCCUCAACCCUUGAAGUUACGAUCAACCCUUUCACUGAUCGGAGUGGAUAUGGUGAUUGUUCCGAUGAGCUAGGGUUGCGAACCUGGAAAAUCCCAGAUUCUAGCUUUUAUGCGAAAUCUUAUUGGGGCAAUGACGCGAAUCACAGGCCUUUAUUUGGGAGAUUGCAAAACAUUAGUGCUGCUGGUUGGUGCUCAUUUGCAAACACAGCAGUGUCUGAGUAUUUGCAGGUGGACCUUGGAAGAGUGAAGCUUGUAAGUGGCGUUGCUAUACAGGGGCAUAGCACUAAUCCAGACAAUGUUGCUACAAAAUUUAAAGUUGAAUUUAGUGAGGACGGUGUUAAUUGGCAAAAUUACCAAGAUGAUCCAAGUUCUAUAAAAGAGUUCGAUGGUAUUGGGGCUACAGGUGUGCAGCUUGGUGAAACUAGGGUUAACUGGAUCCGCAAUACAAAAUCAAGAUUUAUAAGAGUAGUUCCAACAGCAAGAAAAUCAUUAGUGGACAACAUUAAUUGCUUAAGGAUUGAGUUGUUUGGAUGUUCCAUUCCUGCGAGUUCUCCAAGCGUUAACUGGUCUCAGGGUCCCAAUCAGUAUAUAAAUAAGCACUACAAGGGAUCAAUAUCAGCAUUUGCUACGAUAAAGAACAACUUAAAGGUUGGUAUAUCAACUGCGGAUGAUAACAGUACUCUAGCAAAGAAUACCCAGCAGAUCCAUUUCACAAAAGUGAAUGCAUCAAUUACGUUGGGCGAUGGAACACGGUUGAAAGAGAUCGGGAAAUUUUCCAUGGUAACAGACGAUCUAAAGAUGGACACAUCAGCCUUUACCAACAUUGAUGUCGAAGAGGAGGAUUGUUAUAAAUUUGAAGCUGACUUUGCUGGAAAGGUUUUGGACGCGAAACUCCCCACAGGAUCUCGUCAGUUUGUUGUGAGCUUAGAAAGCAAUGAAAGUACGGUUCUUUAUGUUACAGAUAUUCACGUUCAAAGACAAGAACCGGACCAAAGCAGUCUCCAGCUCAAUGUGACCUAUGAGGACACCAACACGUUUGUAGAUAAAAGCUAUAUGAACAUGAAUUUCUCAGUUUCACAUUUGGCGGGAGGCAGUCACUCAAAGGCAUAUAGAGUCAUUAUUAUGAUGUACUACAAUGCUCAGUUUCUUCAGUUGAAUUCAUUCGACUUUUUAAACACGGAACGCUUCGACCUACCUCCUUCUGUAAACGAGACCAAGCCUGGCUCGGUUAUGAUUCAAACUGAUACACUUGGUUUAUCAAAUACGCAGCAUUUUUCAAUUGUUUUCCAAGUCAACAAUCCAAAUUCUAUAAAAAGAGGGGAAAAUUGUGCUGGGAAUAUCAUAUUCGAUUUUACAUAUGAGAACAAUUUGAAAACGUUCAAUGGAGCUGUCAACUCAACUUUGAAUAAGCUGAUGCCAUAUAAAUGCGAGAUCGACAAAACCAAGGAUAUCAGAUGGCAGUCGGCUCGAUUGCCGUCUCCUGAAUUCAGCAUAGUUUAUGAUGAAAUGAACCAGCAUUUAGUCUUCUGCUAUCAAAAAAAGACGUACAUGACAAGGAACUUUGCCUUUUGCUUUUCACACGACAAAAGUACCUCUUCUUGGAAAAGCAUCCCAAACAUAUCAGCAGUGAUGGCCGUUGAUGUUGAAAAACGGAUUCUUUAUGGAGUGGAGAGGCUGGGAAAGUCAUACAUUAUAUCCAAUUACCCAUAUACUGUGUUCAAUCAAAUCGAAGAUUCUGAAUGGGCAGCCGUGAAAGAUCAGCCACAGUUGAGAAGAUCCAAGACAGCGAAUUCUGUUGAUCUUUUACCCUCACAUGCAGGUUCUUUUUGGACUAUUUCUGCAUCUGGCCAACAAAUUUGGAUGGCAACAAACAGUGGUCUGCAUAAGCACACAGAUGUAGGGUGGAAAAGAGUUGCUGGCUUUGCUUAAUUUAAAGUCUUACUUCUUGCACUUUCAGUGAGAGCAGGGAUGGCGCCAGAAGAAAAAGCUGGGGGGGGGGGCUGUAAUGUCAGAGUGCCGACAGUGAGUGAACCACCCACAAAGAUAUAUAACAUAUCAUCAUUUCCGCUGUGGUAAUUCUAGCUCAAAAAAUGAAAAAUAAAUUGAAAAAAAUCAAACAAUGAAUUUAAAUGGCUCAAUCAAUUUUUGGGGGGCUCCUGCCCCCCAAGCACCACACGGUGGCGUCGUCCCUGAGUAAGAGCAUACUAAAGGAGCGUUUUAAGUUCCCACUUUAAAAUAAAAUAAAUUCAUAGAAUCUGUAAGUCACGGUGGAAAGUUUGAUCGGGGCCAUGAAGUUGAACACCUAUUGUAAAUAGACGACAGUCACUAUAGACAUGUAUUUCGAUACAAGACAGGACAACAGACAUUCUAUAAGUGGAAAAACGUCCUGAAGUAGAGACUUUCCCAAUAGAAUUGAAAAACGGACAAAUGUUAGGUUCCUCCAGAGCCUUUUAUCAUUAAACUCUAGAAAUCGGGCACCUCCAUAAAAAUGACAGAAAGUUGGUCUUAACUGGUAUCUGCGAGGUGAAGAUUUCCAUUGUAGCCCAAUAAAGUCAUGUGCCAUGAGCGAGGCUUUAAUCAAACUGUCUUUCAAAAUUCUUAUGAUGGCAUCUGUAGAAAAUUGUUUCAUUGAAAAUUAUAUUAACACAAAAGUCGGAACAUUGCAAGGAGUCAGAAAAGAACAAAUUACCAAGUGACAUUUCUGUUACAGAUUCAAUAAUGGCGUAAGAACGUUUUUGAGAUGACGAAAAAAAACGUUCUUUGAUUAGCAAAAUUGAAUGUUCUUUGAUUGUAAUGUUGUUCUUGCUCUGCGGUUUUCCUACAUUUGUUCGAUAUUUGGAUACUUAUAUUUCUUGAUAUAUAUGUGAAAGAAAUUUUUUCCUAAGGUGUCAUUGCAAGCACAUUAUUCAUAAACAUUUAUAGGCUGCAUAGAAGCACCAUUGAAGUUGGAUUGUUUAAAAUCUCAAUUGGCAAAUAAGCUAGAUGUUUUUUUGUGUGGUGACAACACAUACCCCUAUAAUACGGUAUUCCAAUGAAUUAUAAAAAAGCCUCCAAGUCAUGCGAAUUGAAAUGAGUUUUGCUCGUCUAGUUAAGUCUCGUCUAGUUGCUUUCAGGUAAGUCUAAGGUAAAAAGGUUAUCCAGAAUUUUGUGCAUUUAAUUCUUGACAAGUAUCCAUGUCUUCAGAAUUGCCAACUUACAUUUAUGAAUGGGGAUUAACGAUGUCAGAAACGAAAUCCUUUUGGGUGAAUUAACAUACUUUAUUGCCUUUCUGUAUUUAAUUGCAUAGAUAUAAUAAUUGUAUCUGUUUUGAUUUAUUCAAAUUUGUGAACACGACCACAGCAAUGUUAUUUUAAUUUGAUUUUAGUUGGUGUUACAGCUUGCAAAAAAAUUCACUAAAUUUAGAUAUUUACGUCUUCUUAAAGGCGUGUUUUAUUUAUC